CGAAGCUAGCGAACAGCCUGGGCAUCACCUUCUGAAUUAAGCGUGUAGGAAACGUGCGGACCAGUGAAUUGGUACAGUACACCUUCCAGAGCGAAAGGUACCAACGUAAUGUUUUAAUUAUACUCUCCAGAUCAUUUGCCUGGAGCUCCAGACUUCCUUUUAUUACGUAAUGUUUUGGAUCAAAGACGCGACUUUCGCUUUCUGAAACGUUACGUAAUCCUUCAAAACUAUAUUCAUGUGAAAUGUUCUUUUAAAAGAUAUUAGUUAAUGUCUGUCUAUCAAGGUGACUUCUUAGAAAAAAAUUGCUAUUAAUUUCGGACGAGAUUUCCUACGCUGUCGUCAAAUUAUUACGAGACGUGGGGGGGAGGGUCCAAGAAUCAGGCAUGGUUUAAUGCUACUCUGGUUUAGAGAUUUAAUGAAUCUAACCGAGAAGUUACUAUUCACAGACUUUGUUUAUACGGGUCGAUGAAUUGCUACUUCUCGGUUACAUUCAUUAAAUAAUGGUGUUCAGCUCUGAUAUUCAGUAUGUUGGUAACAUUUGUCUUGUCCACUUGUUUACAUUGUCCGGCAAGAAAAGGAUGAAAAAUUGGGCAGUUAUCACAGGUGCUGGGACUGGUAUUGGUUCUGCUUUGGCCAAGGAAUUGUCACGUCAUGAUUUGAACGUCCUUGCAAUUGGACGCAGACUUCAGCCAUUACAAGAAACCCAAAGUUAUUCUCCAGACAGCAUUUAUCCUCUUGCUGUUGAUAUAGCAACCACUGAUGGCCAAAGAAAGAUACUGGAUUUUAUACCAGAGGGUGACAGUGUAAAAUAUUUGGUCCAAAAUGCUGCUGUGGGAGUCCCAUCAAGAUUACAGGAUAUUCAGCGCGAAGAGUUUGAGUAUGCCUUUGCAGUAAAUGUCACUGCACCACUCAUGCUAGCCAAAGGAUUUUUCAUGAGAUUGAACUGCAGCAAGGGAAGGAUAAUUCACCUUGGAACAGGAGUUGCUAAAAAACCUCAGCUUGGAACAAUUACCUAUGGAAUCACCAAGAUGGCUUUUCAGAGGCUUUACGAGCAAUUAGCUGUGGAAUUGAAAGGGUCACAUGUCCAAAUUGCUGAUGUUCUUCCAGGUGUUGUUGAUACAGAAGGACUGUGGGAACAUAUUAAAUUGGCUAAGGAACAACAACUGCCUCAUGUAUCCUAUUUUGAUGAGGUUCAAAAGGAAGGGAAGAUGUUAAGUGCAGAAUUUGCUGCCAAAUUUUUGAAAUUUGUUCUGGUAGAUUCAUCAGACGAAGAAUUCGCUAAGGUCUGGAACAUUCACAAUAGUGAACAUUGGCAGCGAUGGCAAAGAAAUUAAACCUUUUUGUCAGGGAGUUGUAAUUUUCUAAGGGUAUGUUACAGUGAUAUACAGGAUGGGACCAAUACUUAAAAGACAAAAAAAAAAUUAUAACACACAGCAACAUUUGUAAGGUGCAAUUUUCAAUAAAUUAGCUCAAGAAACCAUACUGGGGGCAGCUACUAAAGUCUCUAGCAUUGGUGCAAAGUUCAAAGUUUAGUAGCUUAAAUGAGUCUUGAUCGACAUGUAGCUCUUCCCUUUCCUCAUUGUUAUGACCAGAUUGUUUACUGAUCUUGUAGCUACACACUCAAUCUUUCAACAAGAGUGCUGUAUUUACUUCACAAAGAUAACUAUGCAAAAAUUAGUAUACAUUGUUUCAAUCCCAGCCACUUCUCACCUCUUCAUUCAACUGGGUUUUCCACUAAUGUAUGAAUUUUUUCUAUAAGUGAAAUGCCACUUUUUAAUAUCCAGGCAGCAACCAGCAAUUAACACCUUUGAGAAUUUAUUGGGACGUAUAAUGAUUUACCAAGUUGCUUAGAAAAAUUAUGUUUCAAAGUUAUUUGUGAACAAUACAGAUUUAUUUGCAUCCACAAGGGACCAUUGAAUGCUACAGCAGGUAGCAAAGUCUGAACUAAACAAAGUGAAAAAAAUGUUGUAGUAUCAACGAGGUAUCUCUAAAUAUAAGUAAAAUGUGUUUCAUGAUAAUAGAAUCUGCAAUAAAUAUAAACAUGAUGAUUGAUCUGAAAAAAAAGAACACUAUUAACAACCCUUUUCACUAGCUGGAAUGCAAACAAUAUGUAAAGCACCUUAGUGUCACAAAUAACAAAACUGUAACUUUGAAAUAUCACAUCUCUUUAAUCUGCACUUGUACAUCUCAUAAUACUAGAAUAGUAUCAAAAUUCAGGCAUUCUCUCUAUAUACAACAAUUUUUUGUAUUACAAAUGAAAAGUAACAAUAUUAUAUUCUAAAUGCCAGUAACAUGUUUCAUUGAGGCUCUUUUUUCAAAACAUUACAUAACAUUUUUUUUCUUUUGAAUAGACUUCAUCUAUGGAAGAGAUUACUCUUCACCAUGUCUCAAUGUUGAGAUUUCUGUUGAUUAAUUACUGCUGAGAGUGGAAAAAAUUUGUCUCUCUAUAUAACAGCUUAAACAGACCUAUUAUAACCAAUUAUUAUGAUGUUCAACAUGCCAGUAACAUAUUUCACUCAGGCAUAUUAUUUAUAAACACAGCAAUUUAUAAAUAAAUUCAUAGCAUAUCUUUUUCUUUUUAAUAGACUCAGUUAAUGAAAGAGAUGAUUCUUAGCCAUGUCUCUGGUAAUUACUGUUGAGACUGGGAAAUACUAAAUUGUCUCUUUAUACAAAAACUCAAAUAACACUAUUAUAGCCUAUUAAUAUUUUGUUCAAUAUGCCAGUAACAUGUUUCAUUUAUUUAUUAGUUGUGUCAUUUAUUCCUGUAAUAAUUACAAUAUUUUCAAAUGCUUAUCCAGCUCCAGUUGUGUAGAGGUAAAUGGCAAAGGAUAUCCAGAGUUCAAGUAGCCAAUCACAGUGUGCCUUCAAUGUUACUUCAAUGCUACUUUAAGGAAAACUCUUUUCAAUCAUCAGUCUCAGAAAUAUCAUCAGAUAUGAUCAACUUGAUGUGGGGGAAUUGUGAAUUAAAACAAGUACUAGUUUGGGCUUCCAGUUGUAAUAUGAAUAGUUAAAUAAAUCAAUUAUUUCCAAAUAAAAACCAUAUUCAUUUAUCAUUUCAACUGCACAACAGAAUCGUAUACACUCUUUGCAACCUUACCUUCAACCUAUUGAUUACAAGUUAUGUGGCAAUCUGAUGGUCUGAAAAGACUUAUUACAAGCCCAACAACAAAGAACCAGUAGGGCUAAGGGAUGAAAAACAAAAAAUUUUCAAAAGCCUUCUUCCCCCAGGAACAAGACUAAAUGAGGUCAGAUUAAACUAAUGUGGGGAGGUUCAUUGAUCUCUUCAUGAAAAUGGAUGAUUUACACCUAUCAGAUUGUAGAGAAAUGAGAUGGAUCAAAAGUUGACAUUGACAUUGCACAUUAAGCAAAAAAUAACUGGGCACAGACUUGGAUGCCUGUUUAAGGAAAUUUACAGUUUUUUAGCAAGGGAUUCUGCUGUGCCAAUUUUAUGGCAGGCAAAUCAUACAUCAGUCACUUAAGAAAUUUUAUAGCUCUCUUUGUGGAAGCUCAAACAGUCCUAAGGAGCAUGACAUAAUUUCACCUAAUCACUCAGAAACUUUAUCGGUAAUUUUACAGUUGCAAAUAAAGUAUAGACACAAUUAGUUGUAUAUAGCAUGAGCUAGUUGAGGCAAGUUGCAUGAAGAGGACAACAGAUUGAUAAUUGAAACCACUAGUAAGCUUCUGGUACUUAUGACAAUCUCCUGAAUACCAGCUUCCCACAGUAAAUGUCACACCUAUCCAUUCUGUCAAUGGUACCACCUAAAUGUAAUGGGGGUCACUUCACAUCUCUCUAAACAGCAGAGAACAUAAAAGUUAAUUACUAUCAUCAUUCUCUAUUACGAAAUAAACAUUUAAGGAUCAAGACAUUUCUGGCAAAGUGAAAUGCAAGUCAAAUUGGUUUGAAGACAUUUUAACCUAAAAUUUGUUUUCAAAUACA